AUGAAACUAAAGCACUGUUCACGGAAUACUAUCAGUAUGGCUCGUCGUCGUGCUCCCCGCCUUACCCUCGUAAAGAAUAAGUCUAAAUCUUCAAAGAACACCACUACGGACGCUGAAAUACCCACUCAACAAGAGUGGAGGAACAUGCACCAAUAUGGUCGGUUUAAUGUCCUCGAUGAGGAGGGCACCGGAUACGUAUUUAAAGUCGGCGAUAAUGCCAUCAUUCUUCCCCCAGAGUCAGAGGCAAUGCGUCGCAAGGAACUACCAGAAUACCGUUAUUGGGUGGGUAAAAUCAAGGACAUACGGGGUCGGAAUGUUGAUACCGAUCAACCAGAUGUUUGGGCACAUGUUCAAUGGUAUUACUCAGGCGAAGAUGCCAACGAGUUGACGAAUGAGUUUGACAAGGCCUCAUGCAGCAAUUACGAACGUAUAAUAUCUAAUACCCACGACUACGUAUCUUCAUCUUCAUUUGAAGAUGUCGUGAAGGUCAAGAAGUAUCAUGAAGAUAGCCUUGAUCAAGCGGACAUCGAAGACACCGAAUUCUUUUAUCGAUAUCAACUCGAAUAUAAAACAAAGGAAAUAAGUCGCUUCACUCACGAGGACGACCCACCAGAAGCCAAAGAAACGCCGCGAACACCUGGAGCCAAUACCUGCAUCUGCAAGACCCCUUACAGCCCCUCCGCCUCUUCGGUCCUCAUGCAUUUCUGCCCCCGUCCCAGCUGUCGACGAUGGUAUCACGCGAAAUGCCUGAAAGGCAUCAAAUCUAUGCUUAACGUCAAGAACACUGAUGCUGAGGCUGGCCGACGAUACCUAGCGACAUCACCGUUUACUGAUGCUCCUAUUCGUCUCCCAGGUGGUGACGAUGUCGCCGCGUCGCCGCCAACGAAGAAACGACGAACCAACCACGCUGUCACCAUUACCCCAAUAGACAGCAGCCAGGACCCUGAGUGUAAGGCUCGGUACGAUGCGCUGCCCGAUGAUCUGUUGCAAGCAGCUCAGCAGCCCAUCGUCAAAGGCCGUGCGCUGGGAGGCGGGCAUGUUGUCGGCAAUAUACGCUUAGUUGCUCUGGCAAGGAAGGCUGUAUACGGGAUCAUUGAUGGAGAUGAAUUGGAGGACGACUGGGAACAGUCAAUUAACCCCAAUGCGGCCCUUGUGCAUCAAUCUGUCCAGUUGCUGCUAUGCCCCAAAUGUCGAAGUGUGAUUUGA